CCAAACUAUAAUAAUAAAAUGAUUUUUGUAAAUGAAUUUCAAAGAGGAAAUCCAUUAAUUAGAAAUUUUUCAAAUAAUAUAGUUGUAGAGUAUCAAAAAAACCAAAUCCCAGAUUAUGUCAUCACAUCAAAUAGUUGUGUAUUUUUUUUAUCUCUUAAAGUUUAUCGAUUAAAACCAAACUAUGUAGAAGAUCGUAUUAAAGGCACACCCCAAUCAUUUGAAUUAAGAGUAUUAUUGGUUUUGGUUGAUGUUGAUGAUUGUGUGGCUCUAUUAGAAGAACUUAACAUUUCAGCAAUUAAAUCAAAUUUAACUCUAAUUGUUUGUUGGAGUUUUCUCGAAGCAGGAAAAUAUAUAGAGUCUUAUAAAAGCUUUUCAUCAUCAGCCAAAUCAGUCGACUUUAUAAAGACACGUCCUCAACCAGUAGAGCUAGGUGGUAAGACAAAAAAAGAACAAGUUCUAACAUCAAUCAAAUCAGUAAAUAAAACCGAUGCAAAUACAUUAAUUAAUAAUUUUAAAAAUAUGAAAGCUGUUUUUACAUGCUCAAAAGAAACUUUAUUAAAAUGCCCAGGCUUUGGUCCAGUUAAAGCUCAAAAUUUUUAUAAUACAAUUCAUCAACCUUUUAAAGCUAAA